GCUGGGAGCUGUAGGCGGCGGCGGGAAGCGCUUCCGGGCGGCCGGUUCCCAGCGGGCGUGGAGGAAUGAGCUCAGGGCCUGUUAUGAGCACUCCAGCCUCGCCACCCUCCGCUGGCACCCCGUGACUCCUCACCAGCCACGGCGGAGUCCGUCAGGCCCACGCUCUGCAGGGUUGUCAUCUACCUACAGAAGGAGAUGUCAGGGGACACGUGUCUAACCACCACCCUCUGCCCAGCCACAGGGCCCAAGCCCAAAACUUGCAGCUUCAAAGGGGGCAGCCUUGGCAACAAAUACGUACGACUGAACGUUGGGGGCUCUCUGUACUACACAACGGUGCAAGUGCUGACCAGGCACGACACGAUGCUCAAGGCCAUGUUCAGUGGCAGGAUGGAAGUGCUCACAGACAAGGAAGGCUGGAUCCUUAUAGACCGUUGUGGGAAACACUUUGGAACGAUUUUAAACUAUCUCCGAGAUGACACAAUUGCACUUCCAAAACACAGACAGGAGAUCAAAGAGUUGAUGGCAGAAGCCAAAUAUUAUCUCAUUCAGGGCUUAGUGGACAUGUGCCAAGCAGCCCUGCAGGACAAGAAGGACUUGUAUGAACCUGUCUGUAGCAUCCCUAUUAUCACAUCUCCAAAAGAGGAGGAGAGGCUGAUAGAAUCAUCAAUGAAACCUGUUGUUAAGCUGCUUUAUAACAGAAGCAACAACAAAUACUCCUACACCAGUAACUCAGAUGACAACUUACUGAAGAACAUAGAACUGUUUGACAAGCUGUCUCUCCGGUUCAACGGCAGAGUCCUUUUCAUUAAGGAUGUUAUAGGGGAUGAAAUCUGCUGCUGGUCCUUCUACGGGCAGGGGCGGAAACUCGCUGAAGUCUGCUGUACCUCUAUAGUCUAUGCUACAGAGAAGAAGCAAACCAAGGUUGAAUUCCCCGAGGCACGAAUUUAUGAAGAAACACUAAACGUGUUACUGUAUGAAACACCCCGGGUUCCUGAUAACUCUCUGCUGGAGGCCACGAGCAGGAGCCGGAGCCAGGCGUCUCACAGCGAGGACGAUGAGGGGUUUGAGCUCCGGGACCGAGUGCGCCGCAUCCACGUGAAGAGAUACAGCACCUACGACGACCGGCAGCUCGGCCACUGACACUAUGACAAAGGGUUUGGUGGCAAGGCUGUGUCAGUGUUCUGGAGGGUGAUCAGGAAGUAGGGAGGGAUCGGUUGCACUCUGUGGAUUGCUCUUCGUCUGGCUUCUUGACUCCCUAGAGAAGCAAAUGGGCAUUUGUGCAACACUAAAGCUGAGGGCUUUGAGAACAAAGAAGUGAAUUUGUACCAUGUUUCUGUACAGACUGGCCCCUUCUCUCAUGCCACCUGAGGAAUGGAACUCUGAAGACAUUCUGACAGUUUGUGGCUGCUUCUUCAUAUCUAGUGACUUGCCAGUGUUUUUACUUCCUUUUGCUGCAUGACAUGGUGUGGUUUGAAAAUCCUUUUCUCAAUACCUGCCCUUUUGGGGUUGUGUGGAAAUGGAACUUCCAGAUUUUAAAUCAAGAGACUAAAGAGGGGUUGGAGAGAACUGGAAUACUGCUACUCUUAGCAAACACUACACCUGAUAUCCCCCAGAAGCAAUGGUUAGCUAUCCAGUAGUCAGGUGCACUGCACUUGUGAUUUCUUCCACCUCUUUCCCCCAGUAGACGUGCAAAACUUUGUGUUCCAAGACAGCUGUCUAAAACUCUCAAAUUCUAAAGCAAGCUCUUCCAGAGAGGUAAGAGGCAAGCCAUCAAAACCCUCCCCUGUGAGAAAUGGGAAAACUCUGAAGAGGUAAAUGCAUAUGUAUUGAUUUGUCCUGGGAGAUGGAGAAAUGGGGCAUGGUGAGAGAAGAAACUUCCUCGAGUAAGAAAACUUCAGGAACAGAUUGUGGCAGAGUUGCCAUUGUUUAGGCUUGUGUAGUGUAAUCCUGUUUAUAUAAACAACAGCACUCUAGGAAAUUAGUUUUACAUUUACAUGUAUUCAUUUCCUCCUGUGGCCCAAAAGUGCUGUUUGAUGUUGAGUUUCUGAAGCAGCAGGGGGAAAAUUGCAGUGGCUGGGGAAGCAGAGGCUAAACCACAUUUUAUAAGGCUAGGUAGUGUUCAAACACCAAAGGGUGAAUUCAGGCUUCAUGUCCUGAAUCCCUCUAGAGCAUGAACAGUUGAAGUGGAAAGAAGAGCUUUAAAAGUGGUGUUCUAGCAUGGAGGCUUUGGACACAGGAGAGAGGCAGCUGGGACUGGGUUUUAAACUGAGGGCAUCAGUUUGAGUGCUUGGCUUGGUGCUGAUUGUAAAAGACCUGUCAGAAAGUUGGAGUCAAGGCUGCUCUGCAAAUUGGGUGUCUGGGAAACAGCUUUAAGGUUAGUAUGGGCAGUUGCUGCUGUAUUUUUAAGCGUUUGCUUGUAGGUUUCAGCUGUAGGCUGCAGAUCAAAGGUUACCACUGUCAGGGGCAGUAAUUACUGGAUGGCUCUUCAUUGGCAGCUGUGGAUCUGUGAGGUGGUGGAGCUUGCUUCACAGCUGCCUUUAUGUUCCCAUGUUAUCUGUAAACGUGGAAGCUUCAGACCUCAUCAUAGUCUGUCUUCAACUGCUUUGAGCAGUGCCAAAUCUACCUGGAAGUUUUAGGGCAAAUUGCUGCAAGAGCCUGGCAAGAAAAUAAUCCCAAAUUAAUACAGUGAAGUCAUAAGCAAAAUGAAGAUGGUGAGUGGUUUGGUGGGAAUAGAGGCAGGGAAGGGAAGAAAAGAUACAUUUCCAGUCAGGCCAUUGGAAGUGAGUUUGUUGAGGCUGGGUAAGAAAACACUAAUGGCUGCAAAUGUUGUGGGUGCUACUGCCUAGCCAGAGCUCUGCGUGUGCAGGCGUUCACUUCAUCCUCCACAUUCAGGAAGUGCCGUUGCCACAGUGAAGCACCUGCCUUUUUGUGAAAGGCCACUUCAGAGCUUCUUUUGUUUGGUAACUGCUUUCUGUAAGUUGUUGUUUUCCAGCUGGUUUUUCUGUUGUGCCAGUGAAAAUACAGCUGCUGGAUUCGUUCUGACAAAGUCUUUUGUGGUUUUUGUCUCCAGUUCUGCUGGAGUGGGACAUGGACUGUUUUUUACUGAUUUUUUUUUCCCCACUGCUGCUGCCAUUUAAAUUACACUGUGGUGGGUGCUUUGAAGCUACCAGCAGCUCCUGUAGUCAUAAGAUCUUUGUGCACUACUAAUUGCUUCAAUUUAUUCUCUUGUACCUUUUUUUCAUCUUGUAACAAACAAGAUUCCCGUUUCCAGUCCGUGUGUGGCACUUCUGCUCCUCAGCACAUGAUUUAUGGUAUUUUUUUCUUGUUUCUUGCAUAGUGAAUGUUGCCAGAUGAGGUGAGUGAUGCCUUGCAAAAUCCUCCUUAAAGAAGUGACAAGCAGAAAUAUGUCAUCCUUGCAUUUCUUGUCUCUGGGGAGUAUGAGUACGGGAAGGAGUAUGUGAAAGAGAAUGAGUGUCAGAUCUGUGUGCAGUCCAGAGGCUUUCAUUCCAUGGUUGCAUUCUGUACUCCCAGGAUUGGCACUGUGAAUUCUUAUGCUAUAAGAAGCAGAGAAAAGCUUCUGUUUUGCUCUAGUUGGGUUUUUUUUCCCUGUCUCCCAAAGCCGACAAAUAGUAUUAAUUUCUGAUUUGAAUUCAGAUUAGAUUAAUCUUGAAAACAAACUGUUGUGAGAACCAUCUGGGUUGUGAGAAUCUUUUCAAAGAGUGUAAAAUAACUUCUUGGCAUCUGUGAGACGUGGAAUAUCAGUAAGAACUGUAAGCAGUUAGGAAUGAUUUUAAAUAUGUACACAUCUUUCUUUCAACUCCAUUCAUUUUCCCUUCUCUGCCUCCAAUUCAUACUGAUCACAGAACAUCUACUUUUAGAUUAAGGUAUGACUAGAACUGAAAGGGGGUUAAUUCUUGGCCACUGUGGACAGAGUCUGUAAACUUUACUCAAUGUAACAGUCUAGUUGCAUAAACACUAAAGUUUUGUCAAAACAAAAGAGAUUUCAAAACCACGCUCUUGGUGUUUCUCCUGGUAGGAUUUUCAGGAUAUGGCCGAGAGAUCCCAGGUGAAUGCCAGUGCCUGGGUUAGACCAGAAGAUCUGUGGACCCUCACAGGUUAGACUAGCAGAUCUGUGGACCCUCACAGGUUAGACUAGCAGAUCUGUGGACCCUCACAGGUUAGACCAGCAGAUCUGUGGACCCUCACAGGUGGACAGUGGGGAGUGGGAGAAUAUCAGGGAAUGCUCUGUGUUGGAGUGUUCCUGCAAGUGUGGUAUGUGAAAAUGACCGUAGUGAUGGAGAUGGCCUCCCUACACCAGGCUGCCAGGCUUGGGUUUCCAGUGAAAUCAGGAAUGCCUGGAGUUAUUUAAUGCCUGGAGUUUUUUUUUUCCCUUAGUGCUUACAAAAUUAGAUCAUUUACAUGGAGUCUCAGUAGGUCUGGAUGUAGACAUACACGCAGCCAUCACUUAGUUCAUGGGUCAAACACUUUUCUAAUACAAGUAAUAGAGCACUGUAUUUUCUCCUAAGCAUCCUGCUGAUCUGGAGCUGCUCCCAUAGAGGAUGUUAACUGAAUGUUCUUUCCACCAAAAUCGUGGCAUGUUGACUUAUACAGUCUUGGUACUACCAGGUUAUGGUAAUUUCAAAUAUGUGGUUUGCUGUAAUACAUGCUCUGUAUUCUCAUCUUAGUAAUCCUUUACUUAAUUAGAGGCUACAAACUGUUUUGACAAGAACGUUCUAGACAUUCUAGAACAUACUCUUACAACCUGGUGUAGCAGAGGAAAAGCAGGGCUGAAAAGGAUAACAGAGUUUGGAACUGCAGCAUUCAUUUAUUUGUAGUAAGCUGUCCACUUGUAGAGAGAGCAAACAGCUGUGCUUCCGAGCACUCUGCUGGCUUUAAAUAUCCAAAUUAUGAUCCCUAUUAAGAAAAUGUGCAUUUCUAUUUAUAUGCAUUUGUCUGUGAGUUAAGAGACUUGUAAUUGGCUCCCUGCACAGGCCAUCGGCAGUGGAUGUGCUCACUGAUGUGCCCGUGGAUUUAUAGUAGGCUUUAGGAGGAAGAAAUGCCUUUUUUGCCUCAUUUGUAAUGUAUGAAUUCUGACUCCAUCAGCUGGAGUUCAUUAGCUGCUGGAGCUCUUUUGGAAAUAUUACUGUCCUCAUUAUUCUAAAAUGUAAGUGAACUUCUGUGCACUCAGAUACUACAUUAGACUAGGAGAAUGAAUGGAAACCAUUGACUGCCAUCUGUACACGUGUUUAUGUGACAGGGCCUCGGUCAGUUUCUCACAGGGAAGGAGGCUGGGUGCCGAGUGAAUGUCCUGUGUGAAACAUUCCUCAGCAGCAGGGUUUGUUGGGCAAUAAUGUCAGAAGGGAGAGUUCUAUGGGCAGCAGCCUCCAACUGCUUGAUAAUGCCAAGGCAAAACUAAGUGUUUAACCUUCACCUUGACAUUUAGUUUUUGGAAGAGGAGGCGUUUAUCCUAUCGUUCCAUUCUGAUGACUUCUUGUCUCUUGCACUUGGUUAAAAUACUAAAUAACUGUCCAAGACUGGGGUAGCACUGGGGGGGCUGAUACAGUGGUGGUACUGGAAAGCUGUGAUCUGUGUGGAACAGGCAAUCAAUGCUUAUUGUGGUUUUGAGGGGUUUUUCAUGAAGUUUUUCAGUUUUCAGACACAAUUCACUCUGAAGUACACGGUAACUGCAAGUGUCUGGCCCAGCAGUCCCCGUCUUACACAGUUGGAUUAUAUCUUCUGACAAUCAUUGGCAUUAAAUCUUUACAGCCAGAAUACACCCCAUCCCCUCUGUUGGGAGAACGGAGGUUUUAUUAAGAGAUGAGUGGGCAUGAGUCCUGUUGCCAGCUUUGCCACUAACUGGGUGACAUACGGAAAGUCAGUUUUUCUUUGUGUCUAAUUUUUCCUCGUAUGGCAUAAAAUGCUGGUAAGAGCCUCCCCUACCUCAGAGGGAUGUUGAAGCUUAAUUUGUUUAAUAAAAGUAAGGGACUUUGUGUUUCUGUAAUGGGGGGAGGGGGGUUGAAGGUUAAUUUGUUUAAUAAUAGUGAGGGAGUUUGAAUUUGUGUAAGGUUUUAUAUCCAGAGGAUAGCAAAUACAAUUGCUGAGCUUGUUGAAACUGACACUCUGUGAUCAACUCGUUUCCUCACAGCAUCAGCCGUUGUUUUACUGUUGUGACUAACUUUUAAAGGUCAGAGUUACAGAUGAAAUAGUUCAAUGCAGUAACCAUAUUAGCUAUCGAUUACAGUGUUUUCUGUUUUAUUGGUGCAGUAAAUGGAAACGGAACACUAAUUUUUAAUAAAGCGCUAUAUUUUG